CAUAGAGACAGGCAGACUUAGGGACCGGCAGACGGACAGACGGACAGAGAGGACCCUCCCCAAGCCGCCACGCCAUGGCCGAGAGGAAGCAAUCCGGGAAGGCAGCAGAGGACGAAGAGGUCCCUGCCUUUUUUAAAAACCUGGGCUCAGGCAGCCCCAAACCCCGGCAGAAAUUCUGUGGCAUGUUCUGCCCAGUGGAAGGGUCCUCGGAAAACAAGACCAUCGACUUUGACUCGCUGUCCGUGGGCCGGGGCUCGGGGCAGGUGGUGGCUCAGCAGCGGGACGUCGCCCACUUGGGCCCGGACCCGCAGCCGCCGUACUCCCGGCAGGGCCGGCGCACAGGCGGGGAGCCAUCUGUUGAAUCGGGCCGGAAGGUGGAGAUCCGGCGGGCCUCGGGCAAGGAAGCCCUGCAGAACAUCAACGACCAGAGUGAUCGUCUUCUGAUCAAAGGAGGUAAAAUUGUUAAUGACGACCAGUCAUUCUAUGCAGACAUAUACAUGGAAGAUGGGUUGAUCAAGCAAAUAGGAGAGAAUCUGAUUGUGCCAGGAGGGGUGAAGACCAUCGAAGCCCAUUCCAGAAUGGUGAUCCCUGGAGGAAUUGACGUCCACACCCGCUUCCAGAUGCCUGACCAGGGGAUGACCUCUGCUGAUGACUUCUUUCAAGGCACCAAGGCAGCCCUGGCUGGGGGAACCACCAUGAUCAUUGACCACGUGGUUCCCGAGCCUGGGACAAGCCUGCUAGCCGCCUUCGACCAGUGGCGGGAAUGGGCCGACAGCAAGUCCUGCUGCGACUACUCUCUGCACGUGGACAUCACCGAGUGGCACAAGGGCGUCCAAGAGGAGAUGGAGGCCCUGGUGAAGGACCACGGGGUAAACUCCUUCCUCGUGUACAUGGCUUUCAAAGAUCGCUUCCAGCUAACGGAUUCCCAGAUCUAUGAAGUCCUGAGCGUGAUCCGGGACAUUGGUGCCAUUGCCCAGGUCCAUGCAGAGAACGGCGACAUCAUUGCAGAGGAACAGCAGAGGAUCCUGGAUCUGGGCAUCACUGGCCCCGAGGGACAUGUGCUGAGCCGGCCUGAGGAGGUAGAGGCCGAAGCCGUGAACCGUUCCAUCACCAUCGCCAACCAGACCAACUGUCCCCUGUACAUCACCAAAGUGAUGAGCAAGAGCGCGGCGGAAGUCAUCGCGCAGGCCCGGAAAAAGGGAACCGUGGUGUAUGGUGAGCCCAUCACCGCCAGCUUGGGGACCGAUGGCUCCCACUACUGGAGCAAGAACUGGGCCAAGGCAGCUGCUUUUGUCACCUCCCCACCCCUGAGCCCCGACCCGACCACUCCGGACUUUCUGAACUCCUUGCUGUCCUGUGGAGACCUCCAGGUCACUGGCAGUGCCCACUGUACUUUCAACACUGCCCAGAAGGCCGUGGGAAAGGACAACUUCACCCUGAUCCCUGAAGGUACCAACGGCACGGAGGAGCGGAUGUCCGUCAUCUGGGAUAAGGCUGUGGUCACUGGAAAGAUGGACGAGAACCAGUUUGUGGCCGUGACCAGCACCAACGCAGCCAAAGUCUUCAACCUGUACCCCCGGAAAGGCCGCAUUGCUGUGGGGUCCGAUGCUGACCUGGUCAUCUGGGACCCCGACAGCGUGAAAACCAUCUCUGCCAAGACCCACAACAGCUCUCUAGAGUACAACAUCUUUGAAGGCAUGGAGUGCCGGGGCUCUCCGCUUGUGGUCAUCAGCCAGGGGAAGAUCGUCCUGGAGGACGGCACCCUUCAUGUCACUGAAGGCUCUGGGCGCUACAUCCCCCGGAAGCCCUUCCCUGACUUCGUUUACAAGCGUAUCAAGGCACGGAGCAGGCUGGCGGAGCUGAGAGGGGUUCCUCGCGGCCUGUAUGAUGGACCUGUGUGUGAGGUGUCCGUGACACCCAAGACAGUCACCCCAGCCUCCUCGGCUAAGACGUCUCCAGCCAAGCAGCAGGCCCCGCCUGUCCGGAACCUGCACCAGUCUGGAUUCAGCUUGUCCGGCGCCCAGAUUGAUGACAACAUCCCCCGCCGCACCACCCAGCGCAUCGUGGCUCCCCCUGGCGGCCGUGCCAACAUCACCAGCCUGGGCUAGAGUCCCAGGGCAGUCUUCUGCUUGGGGAUGGGGGAAUGGGACACCCAAGGACAUUCUGAGACUUUCUUCCUUCCUUCUUUCCUUCUUUUUUUUUUUUUUUUAAGAGCCUGUGAUAGUUACUGUGGGGCAGCCAGUUCCUGGGGCUCCCUCUCGGGCCCCGCACUCCAUCCCUCACCCGGAGUCACCGAUUUUGCUCACCCACGUUCAUACAUAGCUACGAAUGUCACACCCAAGCCUAUCCACCAACCCCGCACACGGGAUCGCCUCCAACACUCAGACAUGCGAAACAGCGCAAAUCACAGUGAGGGUGUUUCUCAUCUCCAACCUCUGUUGUAACCUGUCAUCAUCUUCCUUUUCAUUGGGGGAGGGGAAGAUAAAGUGAAUUGCCCAGAGCUGCCUUUUUCUUUUUAAAUGUUUAGAAAAGUUUUCUUCGUGGGGCUGGGGAGGGGCGGGUUUUUUUGUUUUAACUACUAAAUUGGAAAGCCUAAUUCAAUGUUAAUACAAGGGGUUUGAACUGGACAUCCUGAUGAUGCAAUUGUGCAACCAUCAAGCUGAUUCAGGGUGGCGGGCAGACUCGUGUCCCUCCUGAGAGGCUGUAAUGUCCACCCUGCCAUCCUGUCAUCUUCUGGGUCAACUGUUAACAAAGGGCAGGCUUUCUUUCUGGCCUAGAUUUUGCUGUAGAUGAAACCUUUUUAGGAUUCUCUUCUCUCUUCACCUCUUUUCUGCUCUCUCUCUCUCUUGCUUUUUCAUUCGUUGAUAUUGUCACACGUCUGGCUCUUUGUGUUUCCUCCAGCCCUUGUCUCUGAGAUGCUGAUUUUUCCUCCUCUCUCCCCACCCUGCCCCGCACCCCAUGGUCUUCUCCAGUGACCAGGUCUCCCAUUUCACUGUGGUCCUAAAAACCCGCCUGGAAGGAUGUGUGAGCUUUGUCAUCACAACCGUCAUAACACGCUGUCCUAGUCCACAGGAGACGGGUGCUCCCCACCCGCAUCACCGGGAUGUGCGUUUGAGUUUGAGUUGCUUCCCGGGUGUCAGGAAGGGCCGAGUUACUCACCCACGCUCUCACAAGUGGGCCCGGAAUAGACCUCAGACAGUGCCGAGAUGCUGAGGAAGCAUGAGGCUCCAGGACAUGAGAGGUUUUCCUCUGUGCAGUUCUAACUGGCUAAGGACACGAUGGAAUCUAUAAUUCGAGCCCCGUAACCCGAGUGAGCCAACCAGCUGUAAGCCAGCCACCUGCUCCAAGUCCCACCUGAGUAUCUUCUGGGAUUCCAGAACACACGGGGCUUCUCACUUCGUGGGGGGAGGGUGGAAAAAAAAUUUUUUUCCCCAAUUCUUUAGAAAGACAUCCUGCAAUGUAGGGAAUUCUCCUAAACUCAGAAAGCCCUUGGGAAAUUUGACCUAAAGUCCAUUCUGGUUUGCAAGAGGGAAAAUCUGUCGUGAGUCAGAACUGUUAGGAGGAGAAACCCUGGCAGAUUGGAUGCGUGGCCCCUUAGAGACCGCAGGUGAUCGGAUCUUGUGUCCACAGCCCACCCUCGAUUCGAGUCUCAGAGACGCUUUCCACUAGCUGCCUUGUGCCCGUCCCUGUCUCUGCUGAUCUGUGUCGCACCUCCUUCCAAACGUGUUUACAGAUUCUCCUAAGCAGUGCUAUGUUUGCCAGCUUUUAUAAAACCAAAUCUGCUUUUGUAAAUCGUAACAGAAAAAAAGUAGGUUACGCCCAUCCAGCAUUUCACUCGACUCUCCACACAUUUUGCCUUUGGGGUUAUGGUUGGGGUUGAUUUUUUUAUUGUUGUUGCUGUUGUUGUUUAUUUGUUAUUUUAAAAGUAAAUCGCACUUUUAAAGAAUAAUUGGUUAACUUAAUAUAUUUGCUUUUUUUUUUUUUCUCACCUGCGCUUGGAGGAAAUUUGAACCAGUUGGAAAAAAAAAAUUUUGUUUCAAUUCUAAGAAACGCUCGCAGCUCUCUUGUAUUCACUUGAGUCUUCCUGUUUUUCCUGUCCCAGGUCAUGGUCACUUUGGUUAUUCUGAUCGUUUCCUUAAAACCCGAAGAUUUCCGCAGGCUGUGUAAGCAUGUUUACCUGUUGGCCUGCUCUGUGUGUCUGUUAAAUGAAUGUCAUGUGUAAAUGCUAAAAUAAAUCCACAGUGUCUCAGAACUGAGUAACUGCAGUGACUUGAUGCUCUAAACCCGUGUAGGCUUUACUCAUAGCUGGUUUCUAACCCUUGGAAUUGUGAUUGUGACCACGAGUGGACGAACCUUCAGUGCUAAAGCUGAUUAUGUGUGUAGCCAGAAGAGUACCUUUUUUUUUUUUGGUAACCACUGUCUUAAUGGCAAAAUAAUUAUGGUUAAAAAAAAAGUCUCGUGUUUAUUAUUCCUUAAGAACUCUGUGUUAUAUUCCCAUGAAACGCCUAAUAAAGCAAAACGUGGUGGUUUCA